CUGGGAAGGACAAAGCUCGGUCUCCAUCAUUCCCCAUUCCACCUUUUCCAAUCGGCUCCCCUCUUUUCUUUGUCAUAAUCUCUUUCUUCUCUCUUUUUUUCCCCCAUCGCACGACCUUCUCUUUUUCCGAAUUUCCACAUCCGCCAUUUUUCAUUUCUUUUCAUUUCUCAACCCAAGGAAUCGCGUGGCAUUUUUUUUAACCCGACUUCCACCACUUCCCUCACGCCAGUUCACAUCUCACUUUCUCUUCUGUUCUUUGGUGAAUCAAUCCAAUUGAGGAUUUCUGCGCCACUUCAGUCCGCCGUCCAGGUCUCGAGCGAAACCCCCCUCAAUGGCCCCUACGCCGAAACGGCCGUCAUCAACCGUGGGAAUGGAGCCAGCUGCCGGUACGGAAUCGGCACAGCAGAAUAGCAUCACUGUGGCCGCCGGCGUUGGAACCCCCACCGGUAGCAUCGACAGUGAGACUGGUUCGGCGCGGCGCAGCAGCAACAGCAGCAGCAGCCCACCCGCAGGCGUGAGCAAGCCUGUUGACGUUGAAGAAGAGGUUCCGAGACCUCCCGCCAACGCGAGGCAUACCAAGGACGGCAGCACCACCACCAGCAACGGACACGCCAUGCCCUCGGCGGCCAACAACCGGCCGCCUGGCCGGGACUACUACCACGAAUACGAGUUCUCGGACCUCGACGCCAUCACGAUCCGCCAGCUGAACGAGGACAUCUGCGCCUACAACUACGACCUGGACUACUGCAAGGCGCAGCUGGAGGACGCCGACCUGACGCCGCAGGAGACGCGCACGCUGCAGCUGCGCACCCUCGACCUCGGCCACCAGAUCCGCCACUGCAAGCACCGCAUCCAGACCAUCGAGGCCCAGACCCGCAAGAAGCGCCCCUACCCGGUCGCGCACACCUUCCGCACCGCCCACCGCUCCUCCACGGACCCGACGGCGGCGUACGCGGCAGGCAACGGAGUCCCCAGCACCAGCAGCCCGCCUCACGCCACGGCUGGCGGCAGCCUCAGCACCGAGGUGGGCCCAGGGAGGCGUGGCGCCGCGAGCGGGAAGCGCCUGCCGGCGGACGAGGACGGCGGGAGCGCGAAGCGCGUGAAGAUGGCGUCGCCCGAGUCAGACGUCCUGGGACCAGGAGGAGGAGGACCAGGAGGAGGAGGCAGCGGCAGCGGAGGCCGGGAAAACGGCGGCGGCGGCGGCGUCAACACGGCGCUGCAGCGGCUGGGCUUCUGGAAGUGCCGGCUCUGCUCGGCGCCCAAGUACCUGCUCGCGGGGGCGGGCCGCACCCCCGCGGCGCCGUGCAAGUGGCCGCUGAAGGACAUCUCCAAGAUGAUCACGCACUUUACCGAGAUGCACGCCGAGCACACGCCCGCCGAGCGGUGCGCCGAGCUGGGCGCCGCCCUCGUCCAGAACCGUGCGUAUUUUCCUACCUCACCUCAUUUCCUUGCUUCCAUUUAGCUUUUUGCCUGUCUGUCUGAUCCUCCAGUUU